AUGUCGACCACAUCUCCGCUCUACGCAGUGGCCGACUUUUGCCUGAUCCCCAUGGGCACGCCAACAACAUCGGUAGGGGAAUACAUCACAGAAUGUCAGCGAGUGCUUGAAGGGAUGCAGGAUCAAGGUAUUCGUUACGAAGUUCACGGCUACGGCACCAACCUCGAAGGAACCUUUGGGACGGUGUGCAAGGCAAUCGAGCUCUGCCACGAGGCUGUCCACCGUCUCGGCGCACAACGCAUCGCUACCGACAUUCGUAUUGGAACCCGAACGGACAAGCCACCGCCGACCAUGGACGGGCAGACCGAGAAUCAGCGCAAGAAGCAGAGCGUCAUUCGACGCCUCGCCCAAGAAUGA